AUGUCGAAGAACCACCAAAUUUCCCACGAGUCCACCGAGACGGACUUGUCUUCUAGCAGCGACGAUGGCUCAAGCUCUAGCCUUCAGGUCAAGGAGGCGCAUAUCCUGCAAGAACGCAGGAUUGGUCUUCUUGGAGCAAUCUCGCUCAUUGUGAACAAAAUCAUCGGCGCAGGAAUCUUCUCGACUCCAACUUCUAUUUUCAAACUUAGCGGUAGUCCGGGGCUAUCCUUGGUUCUUUGGGUGAUUGCCGGAAUAAUCUCAACAUGCGGUGCCAUGGUGCUCCUUGAGUUUGGUAGCGGUAUUCCAAGAUCGGGUGAGACCUCGGCUAGUAACGCCAUCACUGCUUCUUCUUAUAUUCUUAAAGCCGCCUCGGUUGCUUCUACUACGUGGAAACUCCGAGGACUGGCCAUUUCUGCUGUCUCAUUUGCCGUCGGUAUUCAUACUGUGGCACCGAGAGUUGGAAGAGGGUUGCAAGAUAUUCUUAGCAUCGUGAAGCUAUUCACACUCUUCUUCAUCGUAUGCACAGGAUUCGCCGCCUUGGGGGGCCAUCUCAGGGUGCCAAAACCAGACAACCUUUCUCUCUCUUCAUCAUUCCGAGGCACCUCAAGCAGCGGCUAUAAUAUCGGUACCGCAUUGCUAGAUGCAAUCUUUUCUUUUCAAGGAUACGAUAAUCUGAAUGCGGUCUUGUCUGAAGUAAAGAAUCCUCAGCGUACACUUCGUAUAGCUCUUCCUACAGCCAUGAGCUUGGUUACCGUGCUCUAUGUGUUAGCAAACAUUGCAUACUUUGCCGGGGUUUCGCGCGAGGACUUUCUAGGGUCCGAUCUGACCAUUGCUGCCACUCUUUUCAACAACGUCUUUGGUCAUUCUGCAGCUUCCAAAGCACUACCUGCUCUAGUUGCUAUCUCUGCCAUCGGUCACCUGCUAGGCGUGGCCUUCACUGUUUCACGAGUUUUACAAGAGUUGGCCAAGGAUGGUGUUACGCCCUUUCCCAAUAUUGUCAUGCAAAAUCGACCAUUCAAGACCCCCAUUAGUGCUCUCGCGAUUCACCUGGGGGUAAGUAUUGUUUUUAUUUGUGCUCCUCCCGCAGGCGCUGCGUUCGACUUUGUCGUUGGUCUUGGAACGUAUCCCACGGUCUUCCUCUUGACUUUUGUCACUAUUGGAUUGAUCAAACUACGCCUUUCGAAGGAUGAGGAUUUUCAAUCUCAUUUUAGAGUUCCCUGGGUCAUUUUGGGUUUCUAUCUCGCCAGUAACAUUUUCCUUUUGGUGAUGCCUUUUGUUCCUCCAUCUAAUGGUAAAGGCAACACAAGUCUUCCUUACUACCUUUCUCCUGUGGUGGCACUAGCUAUUUUAUCAGUUGGUGUCAUAUAUUAUACAAUCCGCUUUGUACUAUUGCCCUGGGCCUUUGGGUACGAGUUAGAACCGGUGGUGGUCGAUUUGAGUGACGGGUCGCAAGUCUCCCGAUACAAAAUCAAGAAGACAACUUGA